AUGGCACCAUCACCAUCUUCAGAUAUUUUGUUGUUAAAGGAACACGAGUACUAUAAUACCGGGGACUUGCAAUCAGUCCUUCCCUUUUUGCAAAGUAACGACAACUACGGUAGCUCAUCGGGGAGCAAUAUAAUACUAGGAAUAAUUGCAUUUGUGAUUGUGGGAUUAUUCAUAAAUAAACGGAAAUCGAGGGUACUAAAUGCAGUAGAUACAUGGUACGGCCAGAUAUAA